AAAGACACAUCAGAAAGAGGGAAAAUGGGCCCUCUAUGGGCGGCCUGAGCUGAGCCUCUUCAAAUUUCAUCGAUCAACAUUUUCAGGCAGGGACAGUGAAAAGGGAAGAGAAAACUCUCUGUGGAGAAAACUCAGAAGGCAUGUCUCUGGGCUACGCAGAGAAGCUCUCUUACAUAGAAGAUGUUGGCAGCGUUGGGAUGACAGAGUAUUACGACCCACCCCAUGUUCUACAGGAGAAAGCUGACCGACUUGCAUUGAUGAUUAGAAAGAGUAAGCAUUUAGUGGUGUUUACUGGAGCAGGAAUAUCUACUUCAUGUGGUAUUCCUGACUUCCGUGGUCCCAAUGGUAUCUGGACACUUCAGAAAGAAGGAAAAGCUAUGCCAAAGGCAUCAUUGCCAUUUCACCGUGCAAUGCCUAGCUUGACUCAUAUGGCAUUGGUUGGAUUAGAGAAAGCUGGUAUUCUAAAGUUUAUUAUUAGUCAGAAUAUUGAUGGCAUUCAUCUCCGAUCUGGCAUUCCAAGGGAGAAACUUUCUGAGCUACAUGGAAAUUCAUUCAUGGAAAUUUGUCCGUGCGGAGUUGAGUAUAUGAGAGACUUUGAAGUAGAAACAAUUGGUUUGAAGGAGACAACACGAAAUUGUACAAAAGUGGGUUGUAGUGCAAGGCUUAGAGACACAGUUCUUGAUUGGGAGGAUGCCUUGCCUGAAAAAGAGAUAAAUCUAGCAGAAAAGCAUUGCAAAAUGGCCGAUCUUGUGCUAUGUUUAGGUACAAGUUUGCAGAUAACUCCUGCAUGUAAUUUGCCUCUUCGAUGCCUUCGGAAUGGAGGUAAAAUAGUAAUAGUAAAUCUUCAGGUACAUCUAUUCUUUUCUCUGCUACUUUCAGAAUAUCUUGAUUGCCACUGUAUCACAUCUUAAAUGUAGUAAGUUGACCAAAAUUUUUGAUGACUACCCUAGGUACAUUAGAUUUUAUUUCAAGUCCCUGUAAUUUCAAACUUAGCUAGUUAAUACCUUUGCAUUAUAGGAGAAAUACAAAAUAGCUUGAGUUCUUUAAUCUUGUGUUUGUACAUAUAAAGUUAUAAACAAUUU